AAAGAGAUGAUCUUAUGUCUUAUCAAUUAACUUUCACUCUCAUAUCACGAUUUCAUUGAGUAUGUUUAGAAUAGAGGAAGCAAGGAGAUGCUUGUCAUGUCCAGCUGUUUAUCCUGUGAAGGUCUAUGAGUACUCUGUACGGCGAUCUGUGAGCCUGCCACUGCUGGUGGAUGGUGUGGAAGAUUGGCAGCCACGCUACGGAGCCCAGAGAUGCCUCUCUCCUGCUCUCUCCAUCUCGUCGUCAUUGGCCUCAUCUGAGGACUUUAUGACCGCAUGCAGUCAGCUGUCUGCAUGCUCUUCCCUCGCUCUGUCCCUCAGCAGCUCCUUGGGGUCCAUUUCUGCAUGCAGUCGGCUGUCUGCAUGCUCCUCUCCUGCUCUGUCCCUCAGCAGCUCUUUGGGCUCCGAGGCCCUCAUGUCCGCCCGAAGUGAGGUGUCUCCUACACUCUGCCCCUCCCCUGCUGUCUCGCGAGCCUGCACCCCUCUGAUGGACCCCGCCAUGAUGCGCCAUGCAGCACUUUCCACCAACUCGGUGUUUGAAGUCACACUCAGCAAACUGUGCAAGAUGGAGGCAUGCAGAGAGGACAAAGCCUCAGCUCAGGGAGAACAGGAGGAAGUGAAUGAAGUGGAGGAGAAGAAGGAGAAAAAGGAGAAGAAGAAGGCAGGAAGAAUGAAGAGAUGGAGAAGGGCAGUGAGGAGGGUAGGCCAUUUCUUCUGCUGCUGCUGGGGGAGGAGAGUGGAGGAGGAGGAGAGAUGA